GUUUUGAAGAUUUUGGGCAUCUAACAGUUAAUAGUGACAUGGCAACUGUUGUCAGGGCAAUGGCAGCUCCAGAUUCAGGGUUAGAAAUACGUGACAGAAUGUGGUUGAAAAUUACUAUAUCAAAUGCAUUUAUAGGUUCUGAUUUAGUUGAAUGGCUAUACUCACAUGUGGAAGGUUUCGCAGAUCGUAGAGAAGCUAGAAAAUAUGCUUGUAAUUUGCUGCGGGAGAGAUUUAUUCGCCAUACAGUCAAUAAGAUUACUUUCUCAGAGCAGUGUUAUUAUGUUUUUGGUGACCUCUGUGGAAACAUGACCUCCCUGUCUGUAAAUGACGAUGGCACCGAGGUUGAUCAAGACACAUUGGCACCGUUACCACAAGCCCCAUGGAUGGGUCCUAGUCCACUACCUAUUCCCGGCUAUGGAGGUAACUAUACGCCACAAACCGCAGGUUACAGCCAGAUGCCACCAAGCUUUGAUACCGCCAGUUAUACUAGCUUUGGGAAUGGCAGCGUAGGCAGUGGCAGCCCCGG